AUGUUUAAUCUCCCUCCCGACAAGUCGACGGCUUCUGGAUUCAAUGCAGACUCUUAUGGUUUCAACAACCAGGGAUGGUCGACUUUCCAUUUCGGCCAGGGAGGACCCUCAUCGUUGGGCCUUGCGCCAGAACAAAACCAUGAUACUCGCCAGUCAUUCAGCGAUGUUGAAGGGAUGGAAUGGGCCGCUACGCCUUGCGAUGCGCACGCAACUUAUGACCAUCGCCCCCACGAACCCCAAGAUCAUCAAGGUGAGACAGCGAUUGAUCUCGAGGCUUUGAGUCCGCCUCCGGUCGGCGGAGGGGUUGGCCGUUUAGUCGCCCAUUUCGAAAAUAAGGGAUUUAGUCCAUUCGAUAACAAGUCGUUCGUACCGGCGCCUUCUCUCCCACCGCGGCCCAUCAACACCACUGCGAACAACGAUCAAGGUCAUCACCAGGCUCACCACCAGUCGGUGCAAAGUCCGUCAGUCAGCAUGACCAGCUUCCAGCAAAGCCUCAGCUUCGAUCCUUUGUCUUAUUGCGGAAAUGGAGUCGGCAGCGACACCAACACCUCAGUCUUCAACCCAAAUGCAAUUACGAGUCCAGUCAAUAGCCCCGGCGCAAGCUGGGGAGAAUUUAGCUCACUACGACGAGUGACAAGCCCCAUAACUGCCAGCCCGGCUGCCAUGUCGUAUAACAGUCUCCAGGAUAACAAAGUAACAAGUCCUGGCCUAGGUUCAUCGUCAGCACAUUUCGGAAACCUGGAUAAUUUCAUCUCAGAUAACCGCAUACAUAGUCCGAUAGCGCAGUCUCCCUUACUGAAUUCGCACCUGGCAUCGCCCCCAAUGCUUUCGUCGCCAAUUACGGAUUCUCUCCCUAACUCGAACGCAGCCUCGGUUGGCGGUACUCCAGGCUUUGAGAUUUGGCGCCCUCCUGGCACCACCACCGGAAUCAAUCAAUCUCCAUCGAACAACUUCACGGCGUCUCUUUCAGCUGCAAAUAGUUUCAUGAGCCCGCGAAACUUUCCUAGGACAGUGACUGGCACGACCAGUCAGCACGGUUUUGGCAACAGAAACUUGACCAACAGCGCCGGCUUUCCAAAGCCUCCCGUGCCGACAACCCCUAAACCUAAUAUUAGCGUAGGCAAUCAGUUUAUCUUGGAAUUAAUGCCAACUGAAAAGGCCAAGGGAAAGGCACCAGCAAAACCACCACGGCCACGCCUGCCCCUUGCAGUGUCAACUUCCUUUGCAGGAGAGAUCAAGCGAGAACCAGAGACGUCUAAACCGCAUGAGAUGCACUUAGUAUCUCCAACGCCAGCUUCGCUUAGUACAUCGACAACUUUAUUGCCCCAGGAUCCAAAGCCCGGAUCAAUUUCUCUGCGAAGCCAAGCAGGAGCUCGACCGUCGAGGGAACAGGUUCCUGCCGAGGCCUGGGAGCAAUUUCAAGGGACAAUCCGGUCAUUGUACCUGGAGGAGAGAAAACCGCUGAAGGAGGUGAUGGCCAUUAUGGCAGAGAAAUAUAAUUUUCAAGCAACGCCCAAAAUGUAUAAAACCAGGUUCUCCCAAUGGGGGUUUGUGAAGAACAACACAGAAGAAGAAGUGAAGAAACUCCUGUCGAUGAAAUUUCAGCGCGAUGCAGAGGGUAAAGUUUCUGAAUUCGUUCGCAAUGGCCGAGUUGUGAAUCUGGGGACGUAUCUGAAGAGAAAGGGCGUGACUGAGUACGACUUGGUUGAUUUCGAGUUGUCUGCCGACCUACCAGCUCAUGUACGGUGCCGAACACCGACGCCACCUCCAGCCCCUGGGUAUCUUCGAUCUCCCGACCUACUUCGUGCGCAGGAACUCGUUGUUGGCAGUAUGCGGAAGGCAUUUUUGCACUGUCGCCAAUUCGAAGUUGAGACCGAUGCUCGCAUCGGUUGGCCAAUCACCAUGGUUUGGGGUGCGGGAUCUAGCGACUUUUUGUUGGAAGCCAACUUUUUUUUCGAAGCACGGGAUGCCGACCAGGGCGGCGAAUUUUUGAUGAAAGCAUUCAAACAACUUGAAGUUGAUCUGAAGAAACUCUCACCGUUAGGUAUCAACGAGCUGUUGCUCGGCAUGGUGCAUCGUGAUCCUGGCAUGAUGACUGCUCUUUGCAAAUAUUUGGCUGCGUAUUCCUCAACUAACUUUGAGCGAUCACAUCCCCUUCGUCAGAUAUUCUCUUGUUUAUAUGACGUUCAGCAGAAACACGGGUCAGCAACAGUGUCGGAACUUUUAUGGGGGAGCAUACCGACGAUUGCGGAGGAAUUAGAAGCGAUAUACAGCCGUCGUCACCCGUACGUCGCCAGGACGUGGAUAGAUCUCGCUCUAUUCCAUAACCAUGUAAAUGCCGAUCGCCUCAGUAAGCUGGCUUCCGAGCUUCGGCUUCAACAGCGGCAAGUGGAACAACGGCAUGGCACGGACAGCCUCGACGCGUUAACCUUGCGGUACUCCAUUUUGCAACUACUGUAUGUGGUCAACUCCCAGUCCGACAUGACCAGACACGCUGCACACGAUAUGUGGAAUCAUCUUAAAAGAAUGGGUGUGGUAUAUGGGCUUCGGGAUGCCAAACCCAACGUCUUCUGUUACCACAGCCCUAUCAAGGUUGACCCGUGGACUAAGAGAUGCCGACGACGAUAUGACUCCGGCGUUGCCAUUUUGGAAGAACAUGUCGGUGUUAGGCUUCAGCUAUAUUUUGAAGAAGACUUCCAUCACGCUGUCCAUGUUCCUGACGCUCAGGAGGCAUGGUCUUCCGCUCUGGGCCACAUGAACUCGGCGAAGUACUCGUUCAUCUAA